GCCAGUGCAUCGACCAGUGUCUUGGCCUCCACAUCAUCCGAUGUUUCGGCGAGUGUCUCGGCCUUCACCUCUCUUAACGUGUCAGCCAAUGUGUCGAAACGUGCCUGGGCCUCCACAUCACCUAAUGUGUCUACAAGUGUCUCGGCCUUCACCUCUGCUACCGUGUUAGCCAGUGAGUCGACCAGUGCCUUGCCCUCCACAUCACCCAAUGUGUCGGCAAGUGUCUCGGCCUCAACCAUUGCUAACCUGUCAGCCAAAGUGUCGCCCAGCGCCUCGACCUCCACGUCGCCCAGUGUGUCAACAAGUGUCUCGGCCGCAACCUCUCCUAACGUGUCAGCCAAUGUGUCGACCAGCACCUCGACCUCCACAUCGCCAAAUGUGUCAGCAAGUGUCUCGGCCUUCACCUCUGCUAACGUUUCAGCAUUUGAGUCGACCAGUGCCUCGGCCUCCAAAUCUCCCACUGCGUCAGCAAGAGUGUCAGCCAAUGGGUCGACCAGUGCGUUGGUCUCCCCAUCACCCAAUGUGUCGGCGAGUGUCUCGGCCUACACCUCUGCUAACGUGUCACCUAAUUUGUCAACCAGUGCCUCGGCCUCCACAUCGUCCACUGUGUUGGAAAGUGUCUCAUCCUCCACAUCUGCUAAAGUUUCAGCCAAUGUGUCGACCAGUGCCUCGCCCUAUACAUCGCCCAGUGUUUCGGCAAGUCUUUCGUCCUUCACCUUUCUUAACGUGUCAGCUAAUCUGUCGACCGGCGCCUCAGCCUUCACAUCACCCAAGGUGUUGGCAAGUGUUUCACUCUCCACAUCUGCUAACGUUUCAGUCAAUGUGUCGACCAGUGCCUCCACCUCCAAGUCGCCCAGUGUGUCGGCAAAUGUCUCGGUCUUCACCUCUGCUAACGUGUCAGCCAAUGUGUCGACAAGUGCCUCGACCUCCACAUCUCCCAGUGUCUCGGUAAGUGUCUUGGCCUCAACCUCUCCUAACAUUUCAGCCAAUGUGUCGACAAGCCGCUCGACCUCCAUAUCGCCCAAUGUGUCAGCAAGUGUCUCAUCCUUAACCUCUGCUAAUGUGUUAACCAAUGUUUCGCCCAGUGCCUCUGCCUCCACCUCGCCCACUGAGUCGACGAGUGCCUCGGCCUUCACCUAUGCUAACGUUUCAGCCAAAGUGUCGAGGAGUGUCUCGACCUCCAAAUCGCCCCGUGUGUUGGCCAGUGUCUCGGUCUUCACCUCUGCUAACGUGUUAGCCAGUGAGUCGACCAGUGCCUUGGACUCCCAAUCACCUGAUGUGUCGGCAAAUGUCUUGGCCUCCAAAACUGCUAACGUGUCAGCCAAUGUGUCGAAACGUGCCUCGGCCUCUCCAUCGCCUAAUGUGUUAACAAGUGUCUCGGCCUUCUCCUCUGCUCUCGUGUCCCCAUUGCCCCCUGCGUCGGCAAGUCUUUCGGCCUUCACCUCUGCUAACGAGUCAGCUAAUGAGUCGACUCCUGCCUUGGCCUCCACACCACUUAGUGUGUCCGCAACUAGCUCCACCUCCACCUCUGUUAGCGUGUCAAUCAAUGUGUCGACCACUGUCUCGGCUUCCACGUCUGCUCAAGUGUGUCACCUAGUAUGUCGAUCAGCGUCCGCCUCCAAAUUGCUACCCACAGCCUCCCCCUCUGCUAUCGGGUCAUCCAGUGUGUCUAUCAGUCCCUCGACCUCCGCAUCGCCCAGUGAAUCCACAAGUGUCUCCGCCUUCAUCUCUGCUAAUGUGGCUGCCAGUGUAUCGACCAGUGCCUCGGCCUCCACCUCUUCUCAAGUGUGUCACUUAUUGUGUGGCUCAACCUCCAUAUCGCAGUUUGUGUCGGCAAGUGUCCCGGCUUUCACCUCUGCUAACGUGUCAGCUUAUGUGUCCACCAAAGCCUCGACCUCCACAUCGCUUAGUGUGCCGGCAAAUAUCUCGCCUCCCACCUCUGCUGGGCUGUCAGCCAAUUCGUCUAUCAGUGUCUCGGUCUCCACAUCGCCCAGUGUCUCGACAAAUCUCUCGUCCCUCACCUUUGCUAACGUGUCAGCUAAUCUGUCGACCGGCGACUCGGCCUUCACAACACCCCCAGUGUUAACUAGUGUUUCACUCUCCACAUCUGCUAACGUUUCAGCCAAUGGGUCGACCAGUCCCUCGACUUCCACAUCGCCCAGUCUGUCUGCAAAUGUCUCGGUCUUCACCUCUGCUAACGUGUCAGCCAAUGUGUCGACCAGUGCCUCUGCCGCUACAUCGCUCACAGUGUCGACAAGAGUCUCGGCCUUCACUGCUGCUACCGUGUUAGCCAAUGAGACAACCAGUGCCCUUGCCUCCACAUCACCCAAUUUGUCUUCAAGUGUCUCGGCCUCAACUUCUGCUACCGUGUCACCCAACGUAUCGACCAGUGCCUCGACCUCCACAUCGCCCAGUGUGUCGGCAGGUGUCUCGGCCUUCACCUCUUCUAACCUGUCAGCCAAUGCAUCGACCAGUGCCUCUGCCUCCACAUCACCGACCGUGUCGAUAAGUGUGUCGGCCUUUAUCUCUGCUAAUGUGUCAGCGAACGAGUCGACCAGUGCCUUGGCCUCCCUAUCACCAAAUGUGUCGGCAAGUGAUUUGGCCUCCACGUCUACUAACUUGUCAGCAAAUGAUUCGACCAGUGCCUCAGCCCCCACAUCCUCCACUGUGUUGGCAAGUGUUUCACCCUCCACAUCUUCUAACGUUUCAGCCAAUGUGUCGACCAGUGACUCGACCAUCACAUCGCCCAGUGUGUCAGCAAAUGUCUCGGCCUCCACCACUGCUAACGUGUCAGCUAAUGUGUCCAUCAGUGACUUGGCCUCUCCAUCACCCAAUGUGUCGACCAGUGUGUCAGCCUCCACAUUGUCCACUGUGUUGGCAAGUGUUUCACCCCCCACAUUUUCUAACGUUUCAGCCAAUAUGUCGACCAGUCAAUCGACCUUCACAUCGCCCAGUGUGUCGGCAAAUGUCUCAGUCUUCAUCUCUGCUAAUGUGCCAGCCAAUGUGGCGACCAGUGCCUCUGCCUCCAGAUCGCUCACAGUGUCGACAAGCGUCUCAGCCUUCACCGCUGCUAACGUGUUAGCCAAUGAGACGACAGGUGCCCUUGCCUCCACAUUGCCCACUGCGUCUGCAAGCGUGUCGGCCUUUAUCUCUGCUAAUGGUUCAUCCAAUAAAUCGACCAGUGCCUUUUCCUCCCCAUCACCCAAUGUCUCAGCAAGUGUCUCGGCCUCCGACUCUGCUAACGUGUCAGCCAAUGCGUCGACCAGCGCCUCGGCCUCCACAUCGCCCACUGUGUUGGCAAGUGGGUCACCUUCCACAUCUGCUAACGUUUCAGCCAACGUGUCGCCCAGUGCGACGACCUCCACAUCGCUCAGUGUGUCGGCAACUGUCUCGGCCUUCACCUCUGCUAACAACUCAGCUAAACUGUCGACUAGCGCCUCUGCCUCUACUUCGCCCACUGUGUUGGGAAGUGUUUCACUUUCCACAUCUCGUAACGUUUCAGAAAAUGUGUCGACCAGUGUUUCAACCUCCACAUUUCUUAGUGUGUCGACACGUGCCUCGACCUCCACAUCUCCCAGUGUCUCGGCAAGUGUCUUAACCUCAACCUCUCCUAACAUGUUAGCCAAUGUGUCGACCAGUCCUUCGACCUUCCUCUCGCCCAGUGUGUCAGCAAGUGUCUCAGCCUUCACCUCUGCUAAUGUGUCAACCAAUGUUUCGACUAGUGCCUCUGCCUCCACAUUGCCCACUGAGUCGACAAGUGUCUCGGCCUCCAAAUCGCCCACUGCGUCAGCAACUUUGUCUACCUUCACCUUUGCAAACGUGUCAGUCAAUGUGUCGUCCAUUGCCUCGACUUCCACAUCUCCCAGUAUGUCGGCAAAUGUCUCAGUCUUCACCUCUGCUAACGUGUCAGCCAAUGUGUCCACAUCGUCCACUGUGUUGAAAAGUGUUUCAUCCCCCACAUCGGCUAACGUUUCAGCCAAUGUAUCGACCAGUGUCUCGGCCUCCAUCUCUCCUAACGUGUCAGCCAAUGUGUCUAGGGGUGUCUCGACCUCCAAAUCGCUCCGUGUGCCGGCAAGUGUAUCGGUCUUCAUUUCUGCUAACAUGUUAUUCAAUGAGUCGACCAGUGCCUUGGCCUCCCCAUCACCCGAUGUGUCGGCAAAUGUCUUGGCCUCCAUGACUGCUAACGUGUCAGCCAAUGUGUCGAAACGUGCCUCGGCCUCUCCAUCGCCUAAUGUUUUGACAAGUGUCUCGGCCCUCUCCUCUGCUCUCGUGUCCCCAUUGCCCCCUGCGUCGGCAAGUCUUUCGGCCUUCACCUCUGCUAACGAGUCAGCUAAUGAGUCGACUCCUGCCUUGGCCUCCACACCACUUAGUGUGUCCGCAACUAGCUCCACCUCCACCUCUGUUAGCGUGUCAAUCAAUGUGUCGACCACUGUCUCGGCUUCCACGUCUGCUCAAGUGUGUCACCUAGUAUGUCGAUCAGCGUCCGCCUCCAAAUUGCUACCCACAGCCUCCCCCUCUGCUAUCGGGUCAUCCAGUGUGUCUAUCAGUCCCUCGACCUCCGCAUCGCCCAGUGAGUCCACAAGUGUCUCCGCCUUCACCUCUGCUAGUGUGGCUUCCAGUGUAUCGACCAGUGCCUCGGCCUCCACCUCUUCUCAAGUGUGUCACUUAGUGUGUGGCUCAACCUCCAUAUCGCAGUUUGUGUCGGCAAGUGUCCCGGCUUUCACCUCUGCUAACGUGUCAGCUUAUGUGUCCACCAAAGCCUCGACCUCCACAUCGCUUAGUGUGCCGGCAAAUAUCUCGCCUCCCACCUCUGCUGGGCUGUCAGCCAAUUCGUCUAUCAGUGUCUCGGUCUCCACAUCGCCCAGUGUCUCGACAAAUCUCUCGUCCUUCACCUUUGCUAACGUGUCAGCUAAUCUGUCGACCGGCGGCUCGGCCUUCAAUACACCCCCAGUGUUAACUAGUGUUUCACUCUCCACAUCUGCUAACGUUUCAGCCAAUGGGUCGACCAGUCCCUCGACUUCCACAUCGCCCAGUCUGUCUGCAAAUGUCUCGGUCUUCACCUCUGCUAACGUGUCAGCCAAUGUGUCGACCAGUGCCUCUGCCGCUACAUCGCUCACAGUGUCGACAAGAGUCUCGGCCUUCACUGCUGCUACAGUGUUAGCCAAUGAGACGACCAGUGCCCUUGCCUCCAGACCACCCAAUUUGUCUUCAAGUGUCUCGGCCUCAACUUCUGCUACCGUGUCACCCAACGUAUCGACCAGUGCCUCGACCUCCACAUCGCCCAGUGUGUCGGCAGGUGUCUCGGCCUUCACCUCUUCUAACCUGUCAGCCAAUGCAUCGACCAGUGCCUCUGCCUCCACAUCACCGACCGUGUCGAUAAGUGUGUCGGCCUUUAUCUCUGCUAAUGUGUCAGCGAACGAGUCGACCAGUGCCUUGGCCUCCCUAUCACCAAAUGUGUCGGCAAGUGAUUUGGCCUCCACGUCUACUAACUUGUCAGCAAAUGAUUCGACCAGUGCCUCAGCCCCCACAUCCUCCACUGUGUUGGCAAGUGUUUCACCCUCCACAUCUUCUAACGUUUCAGCCAAUGUGUCGACCAGUGACUCGACCAUCACAUCGCCCAGUGUGUCAGCAAAUGUCUCGGCCUCCACCACUGCUAACGUGUCAGCUAAUGUGUCCAUCAGUGACUUGGCCUCUCCAUCACCCAAUGUGUCGACCAGUGUGUCAGCCUCCACAUUGUCCACUGUGUUGGCAAGUGUUUCACCCCCCUCAUUUUCUAACGUUUCAGCCAAUAUGUCGACCAGUCAAUCGACCUUCACGUCGCCCAGUGUGUCGGCAAAUGUCUCAGUCUUCAUCUCUGCUAAUGUGCCAGCUUACGUGGCGACCAGUGCCUCUGCCUCCAGAUCGCUCACAGUGUCGACAAGCGUCUCAGCCUUCACCGCUGCUAACGUGUUAGCCAAUGAGACGACAGGUGCCCUUGCCUCCACAUUGCCCACUGCAUCUGCAAGUGUGUCGGCCGUUAUCUCUGCUAAUGUUUCCGCCAAUAAGUCGACCAGUGCCUUUUCCUCCCCAUCACCCAAUGUCUCAGCAACUGUCUCGGCCUCUGCCUCUGCUAACGUGUCAGCUAAUGUGUCGACCAGUGCCUCGGUCUCCACAUCGCCUACUCUGUUGGCAAGUGUCUCGGGCUCUAUUUCUGCAAACGUUUCAGCCAAUGUGUCGACCAGUGCCUUGAUCUCCAAAUUGCCUAGUGUGUCGGCAAGUGUCUCAUCCUUCACUUCUACUAACGUGUUAGCCAAUGUCUCGACCAGUAUCUCGGCCUCCACAUCGCCCACUGUGUCGGCCAGUGGCUCGGCCUUGACCGCUGCUAAUGUGUCAGCCAGUGGGUCCACCAGUACCCUGGCCUUGACAUCACCCAAUGUCUCGGCAUUUGUCUCGGCCUCCACCUCUGCUAACGUGUCAGUUAAUCUGUCGACCAGUACCUCGGCCUCCACAACGCCCAAUGUUUUAUCAGGUGUCUCGGCUUUUAUCUCUGCAAACCUUUCAGUCAAUGUGUCGACCGGUGCCUCGACUGCCACAUCGACCAGUGUGUCGGCAAGUGUCCUAGUUUCCAACUCUGCUAAUGUUUCAGCCAAUGUGUCGACCAGUCCCUUGACUUCCACAUCGCCUAGAGUGUCGUCGCGUGUCUCGGCCUUCACGUCUGCUAACGUGUCAGCUAAUCUGUUGAUCAGCGCGUCGGCCUCCACAUCGCCCACUGUGUUGCCAAGUGUGUCUCUCUCCACAUCUGUUAACGUUUCAGCCAAUGUGUCGACCAGUGCUUCAACCUCCACAUCACCCAGUUUGUCGGGAAGUGUCUCGGCCUUCAACUCUGCUAACAACUCAACUAAACUGUCGACCAGCGCCUCGGCCUCCACAUCGCCCACUGUGUUCGCAAGUGUUUCACUCUCCACAUCUGCUAACGUUUCAGCCAAUGUGUCGGCCAGUGCUUCAACCUCCACAUCACCCAGUUUGUCGGGAAGUGUCUCGGCCUUCAACUCUGCUAAAAACUCAACUAAACUGUCGACCAGCGCCUCGGCCUCCACAUCGCCUACUGUGUUGGCAAGUGUGCAACCUUCCACAUCUGCUAACGUUUCAGCCAGCGUGUCGCCCAGUGCUACGACCUCCACAUCGCCCAGUGUCUCGGCCUUCACGUCUGCUAACAACUCAGCUAAACUGUUGACCAGCGCGUCUGCCUCUAGUUCGCCCACUGUGUUGGGAAGUGCUUCACUUUCCACAUCUGCUAACGUUUCAGCCAAUGUGUCGACCAAUGCUUCAACCUCUACAUCACCCAGUUUGUCGGCAAGUGUCUCGGCCUUCAACUCUGCUAACAACUCAACUAAACUGUCGACCAGCGCCUCGGCCUCCACAUCGUCCACUGUGUUCGCAAGUGUUUCACUCUCCACAUCUGGUAACGUUUCAGACAAUGUGUCGACCAGUGUUUCAACCUCCAAAUUUCCUAGUGUGUCGACAGGUUUCUCGGCCUUCACAGCUGCUAACGUUUUAGCCAAUGAGACGACCAGUGUGCUCGCAUCUGCCUCACCUAAUGUGUCCGAAAGUGUCUCAGCCUCCGCCUCUGCUAACGUGUCAGCCAAUGCGUCGACCAGCGCCUCGGCCUCCACAUCACCUACUGUGUUGGCAAGUGUGCAACCUUCCACAUCUGCUAACGUUUCAGCCAGCGUGUCGCCCAGUGCUACGACCUCCACAUCGCCCAGUGUGUCGGCAAGUGUCUCGGCCUUCAUCUCUGCUAACAACUCAGCUAAACUGUUGACCAGCGCCUCUGCCUCUACUUCGCCCACUGUGUUGCGAAGUGUUUCACUUUCCACAUCUCGUAACGUUUUAGAAAAUGUGUCGACCAGUGUUUCAACCUCCACAUUUCUUAGUGUGUCGACAAGUGUCUCAGACUUCACAGCUGCUAAUGUUUUAGGCAAUGAGAGGACCAGUGCCCUUGGUUUUACCUCACCAAAUUUGUUGGAAAGUGUCUCGGCCUCCGCUUCUGCUAACGUGUCAGCAAGUGCGUCGACCAGUGCCUUGGUCUCCACAUCACCCAAUGUCUCGGCAAGUGUCUUGGCCUACACCUCUGCUAACGUGUCAGGCAAUCUCUCGAGCAGUGCCUUAACGACAACAUCUCCAGGGUUUUCGGCAAGUGUCUCAGUCUCCACUUCUGCUUACGUGUCACCCAAUGAGUCGACUAGUGCCUCGGCUUUCACAUCGCCCAACGUGUCUCCAAGUGUCUCGUCCUUAACCUCUUCUAACGUGUUUGCCAAUGUGUCCACCAAUGCCUUGGCUUUCACAUCACCUAAUGUGUCGGCAAGUACCUCGGCUUCAACGUCUGCUAACCUGUCAACCACAUUUUCAACCAGUGCAUCAACCUCCACAUCGCCCAGUGUGUCGGCAGCUGCCUCGGCCUUCAUCUCUGCUAACGUGUCAGCAAAUGUGUCGACCAGUGCCUCGGCCUCCAUAUCACCCACUGUGAUAGCAAGUGUCUCAGCCUCCACUGCUGCUAACGUUUCAGCCAAUGUUUCCACCGGUGCCUCGAUCUCCGGAACGCAUAGUGUUUCGGCAAGUUUCUCAAAUUUCACCUUUGCUAACGUCUCCGCUAAUGUGUCAACCAGUGCCUUUGCGUCAACAUCGCCCAGUUUUUCUGCACCUGUCCUGGCCUCUACCUCUGCCAACGUGUCAGCUAAUGUGACCACCAGUGCCUUGGCUUCCACAUCACCAAGUAUUUUGGCAGGGGUCUCUUCCUCGACCUCUGCUAACUUGUCAGCGAUUGUGUCGGCAAUUGCCUUGGCCUCCACCUCUACUAUAGUGUCAUCCACAUCGCCCAGUGUGUCUUCAACGGUCUCUUCCUCCACCUCUGCUAGCGUGUCACCCAGUGUGUCGACCAGUGCGUCGACCUCUAUAUCGCCCACUGUGUCGGAAAGUGUCUCGGCCUCCACCUCUGCUAUCCUUUCAGCUACUGUGUCGACCAGUGCUUUGGCUACAACAUUGUUUGGUGUGUCAGCAAGUGUUACCGCCUCCAUCUCUCCUAACGUAGCAGCCAAUGUGUCGACCAGUGCUUCGGCCUCAACAUCGCCUAAUGUGUCGGCAAGUGUCUCGUCCCCCACCUCUGCUAGCUUGUCAGCCAGUGUGUUGACAACUGCCUCGGCCUCCACAUCGCCCAGGGUGUCGGCAAGUCUCUCAGAAUCCACCUCUGCCCACGUUUCAGCCAAUGUGUCGACCAAUGCCUUGACCUCCACAUCGCCCAGUGUGGCGGCAAUUGUCUCGCCCUCCACCGCUGGUAGCCUGUCAUCUAAUGUGUUCACCAAAUCCUUGACCUCAACAUCGUUCAUUGUUUCGGCAAGUGUCUCUGCCUCCAGCUCUGCUACCCUUUCAGCCAGUGUGGCGACCAUUGCCUCGACCUCCACAUCGCCUAGUGUGUCGGCAAGUGUCUUGGCGUCUUCUUCUGCCAGCGUUUCAGACAGUGUGUCGACCAUUGCCCUGACCUCCACAUCGCUCAGUGUGUCGGCAAGUGUCUCAGCCUCCACCUUUGCUAGCGUGUUAGCUACUGCGUCGACAAUUGUGUCGGCUUUCACAUCACCUAAUGUGUCGACAACUUUCGUGGCCUUUACCUUUGCUAACAUUUUACCCAGUGUGUCGACCAGUGCCUCGCCCUCCACACCGCCGAGUGUUUCGGCAAGUAUCUCAGCUUCUUCGUUUUCUAACCUGUCAGCCGAUUUGUCGACCAGUGCCUCGCCCUCCACUUCGCGCAGUGUGUCGGCAAGUGUUUUUCCGUCCACCUUUGCUAGCCUGUCAGCCAGUGUAUCGACCAGUGCCUUGGCUUCCACCUCCCCCAGAGUGUCUGCAAGUGUGUCGGCUUUAACCUCUGCUAACGUCUUAUUCAAUGUUUCGAGUACUGCCUCGACCUCCACUUCACCAAAUGUGUCGGCAAGUUUCUCGCCCUCCAUCUCUGCUAGCCUUUCAGUUAAUUUGUCGUCCAGCAGCUCGGCCUCCAUAUCGCCCAGAGUUUCUCCAAGUAUCUCUGCCCUCACCUCUGUUAGCCUGCCAGCAAGUGUUUUGACCAGUGCCCCGGCCUCCACAUUGCCCAGUGUGUCGACGAGUGUCUCGGCCUCUACCUCUCCUACCUUUUCAGCCAGUGUGUCGACUAGUGCCUUGGCCUCUUUAUCGCCCAACGUUUCGCCAAGUGUCUCAGCUUCCUCCUUUGCUAGCGUGUCAUUCAGUGUUUCGAGCAGUGCUUCGGCCUCUACAUCGCCCAGUGUCUCGACGAGUGUCUCGACUUCCACCUCUGCUAGUUUGUCGGCUAGUGCGUCGACCAGUACCUCGACCUUUACAUCACCCAGUGUCUCGGCAAGCUUCUCGGCCUCCGCCUUUGCUACCCAGUCAGGCGGUUUGUCUACCAGUGCUUUUGCCUCCACAUCGCUUACUGUGUCAUCAAGUGUCUUGGCCUCCACCUCUGCUAGCCUGUCAGGCAGUUUGCCUACCAGUGCUUCGGCCUCUACAGCGCCCAGUGUGUCG